AUCAAUGACGUCAGUCAGUGAGAUGUUUCAGUGUAAACCAGGUCCUGGUCUGGACUCUGAUGAGUCUGAUUGGAUCCACCUGUGCUGCUGCUGAUAUAAACUAACUCCGACUCAGAUCUGCUUCAGACCAGGUGAGAGUCACUCAGCCUCAGGGAUCAUGUCAGCUGUUAAAUCUGGAUCUUCUCUGUGGAGUCUGCUCCUGACCCCAGAGCGGAUCCCGGACUUCCUCAUCCCGUCCCGCAGUCCGCUCCGCGUCCUGUCCCCGCGGCUUCUCCGGAGCUCCCCGGACCGGACCAGACUGCUGUCCGACCCUGACGACGACGACAGUCCGGGACGGAGUCCUCCUGAGAUCCCGCUCAGUCCCGCGGCCUCACCCCGGUUUCCGCUCCGCCUACCGCCGCGGAUCAGGACUCCCCACCGAGCCACCGCGGCAGCGGCAGAUUCUGCGGACGCGGACGCGGACACGGACCUGACGACGCGCGCGGCCAUGUCGCUGCCUCACGUGGAGAAGGUGACCACGUCCUACGGCUUCCGUGCCGUGCUGGCCGCGAGCCCGUGCACGCGCCGACGGGAGUCUCUGUUUCACCGGAACACACCGGUGACCGUGACGGUCACAGACACCGGGGAUCCGACGGAACUACCUCCUCCCCCGCGUCCCGGUCCUGGUCCCGGCAGGUCCCGGGUCUGUCUGCGGCCCGUUAAAGCUCUCGGGCUGCAGGUGAUGAAGGAGCUGAAGAGACCUGCGGCCGCUCUGAAGGCUCUGAGUCCCGGAGCCAGGAGGAUCGAGACCCGCUGACGUCACGAGUGGACGCACACCUGGCAGGUGUGACAGGUGGUCCAGGUCCGGGUCAGAACAGGACUGAUCAGGCUGAGAUUUUAAUUGAAUGUUUGAAUAAAUUAUUUGAAUUUAA